AGUAGACUUGAUGGCAUAAUUCUACUGGCAAGGCAAGAACUGCUCAGCUGGCCGGCCGGCUGGGCUAUGUGUGCAGUCCAGCACCCGGGACAACUCAUCAUUCACCCAGCCACGGCCGAGUCGGUCAACGAAUUGCCUUCGGGAAUUUGUCCCGUAUUUUAACCUUUUGUCCCUUAUUAGGGAGUGAGAAAGUUGGCAACCCUAUCAAAGAGCUAAGUGCUGGAGUAACUGGAGAUGGUCAGGCAGCAUCUCUGGAGGGAAAUAAUAGGUGGCCUUUCGGGUUGGAACCCUUCUUAUAUGAGACGUUGCCUUAAGGUAUAUAUGACUGAUUAGCAUUUUGGAAGAAUUUUAUUUGUUUUGGAAUAUAUUUGACUUGACCAGGCCUCAUUUUUUUAAAUUUCCAAAAAAUAAACUUUUUAUAAUAAAGAUAAUUAAUGGGUCUUCAGUCUGAAGAAGGGUCUCGAACAGAAACGUCACCCCUCCAUUCUCUCCAGAGAUGCUGCCUGUCCCGCUGAGUUACUCCAGCAUUUUGUGUCUAGCUUCGAUUUAAACAGCAUGUGCAGUUCUUUCCUCACCAUUGCAUGCAGAUGCGGAGAAGUGUGUUCAGCUCUGGUGUGUGUGGAUUCGAUAAGGAGAAUACGUUCUUUCCUGCACUUCAAUAUCAGGCCAUGGCAAAGAGUUAAGUAGUGGCUUGAGUGGCUGAACGUGAAUGCUUGUCCUGGACCCAAUAGCAGUAAGCGCCGGUCUGUGUUUUGAAUGAAUGAGAUGCGAGGGAAUGAUUUCACCAGAAGAGGGGAGGGUGGGGGAAUAUGGCGGAGGCGGCGAGCAGAGCGCUCUGCCUCUUCUGGAUCAGUGUGUGAUGAAUUUCAAUGCCAGUUUCACCCGGGGCUCAGCGGGAUGAAUGCGGCGCCGUGGGUGUUCCGUCCCCUCCCUUCAUGGCUGUUGAGAGCCCACCCUUCCAACUUAUGCUGAUGUCUGUUGGAGUAAAAGUCGGGUCGGAACAGGGAAAACAAUGAACUGGAGCGGCGCAACAGGUAGCGUCCUUCCACCGGCGUCUCCUUUACUCUGGAGAGGGGAGGCAGGAGAACGAGGUUUUCAGGAACACCGAGUCUCUCCAGCCUUGCCUGACGAUCGGGUGGUAUAUUCAGGAGUUGCUGUUGUCCCAGGCAGUUUUGAUCAUUGGGGAUCUCCACUUGUGAUAUUCCCCAGAGCCCAGCACAGCUUGCUGAUCUCUGAUCUAAAGCAGGAUGACGUUGUCGAACUUCUCAAAUAUUUUCGUGCAUCACAAACCAGAAUUGGUCCGGUAUCCAUUGUAACCGAUCUAAGAUAUGCCUCAUUAGAUGUUGUCUCCAUCAUUAUAAACAGUUUGCUGCAAAUUCAGCACCAGUUUGGAAGGGCCGUGGACACAUUCUACGCUGUGCAGCCUCGGGCGAAAGGCAUCAGGAAACACAUUCUGAAGGCCCUCGGACUGGUCCACAGCAAGCUCUCGGAGCCACCAUUCAAGUGCGUGCUGCUUAAUGAAAUAUUUGAGCUAUUUAACUACAUUGACAGGAGUCAGUUGACCUCUGACCUUGGUGGAUACUUGACAUACCAACACAAAGCCUGGGUCCACUUCAGGAAGGAGAUGGACGGUUUUGCCCAUGGAUAUCUUGCCUUGGCCCAGAGAUUUCCUGGCUGCUUAGCGGGUCUUCAGCAGUGGAUCUUUCAGUCAUUGCCUGCAGAAGCUGGUGAUUUGGAGCAGUUCUCCCAGACCAUCAACAAACUUCACGCAGAAUGGCGGAGGGAUCUGGGAAUUGAUGAUCUACUGAGAAGGUGCGAGGAGAUUAUUGAGAAGUUCAGGGAUCCAAAAUCUGAUCCCUGUUUUAAUGCCAUGGCUGGGACUGCACAGUUUCAGCAGGAGGCUGAUGAAUUGCGAAAGAAAGAUGAAAGGUUAAGGGCAGCUGCGAACAAGGUGGAAUUACUAUGGCAACAGGCUCUUGCCAGGGCUCGGCUUUUGCUGAAGGACCUUUGGUGCAGGGAAAGUGCUCAGCAGAUUAGUGAUUUGAUUAUCUCUGAAGGAAUGGGGAAGAUUCAUACGUACAAAUUAGAAAUUGCAAAUAAUUUGAGCCAAGCAGAGAUUCUAAAAUUGGAUUAUGAUGCUACUAUUUACAACCCUGCAAUGAAGUUGAUCACCGAGUCUGAGAAACUGUUGCAGGAGCUUGAUGAAGUAGCUGAAUGUGGAGGAAGGACAGGCGAUUGUAGAGAGAAACUCAGCAGAUUAAAAGACAUGUUCCACAUAGCUGUAGAACUUCCACGGCAAACUUUAAAAGCAGUGUAUGAUUUCUACGACAUAUUUGAAAAUGUUGCUGGUUGGUAUCAUUUACUGUUGCAAGAAAUAUCUUUCAAAGAGGCAGUUUGUGAGCAUCCAGUGCACAGCUGGGGACUUCCGCACGAGGCAGGACAUUACCUGAAACCAAGCUGGAAGGAACAUGUCAGUCGCCUCUUGCACAAGGCUCCUCUUCCAGCGGCUGAGGACCUGGGGCGGCUUGGACAUCUGGCUGACUGCAUCCCAGACUCGCUUCACCAGAGGAGGGGGAAGAUGCUGUCCCAUCAGUGCUUUGUUGUAAGAAGGCUGUUGACCGCUCCAGAGCAGGUGUGUCCGAUUGACUUGGAACAAGUGGUUCAGUGGCAAGAAUCGUAUUUAAAGGCGCUGCAGAAGGUUUUGGUUCCUCGUGCCGUCACGUCCGUUGACACUGGCGUUACCAGAGGUGCUGCAAAGGCUCCAGAGAAUGCCGACAAACAUGUGAUGCAAGAGAAGUUUGUGAACAGACGUUGGCACGACCCAAACCACGACUUUGAUGUAUCCUCGGCGCAAAAACAUUUUGAUGAAGCGGAUGCAAUUCGCCGCAGUAGGGCCUGUUUCACCAGUGGUCACGUUGAUCGGAAACCGCAGGUAGCCACACUGACAGCUUAUGAGGCGGCUGGUGAGUGUGGUAACCAGGAAGGCAAAGCACUGAGCACAAGGCCAACUUCUUUAAGUUCUUUUGACUCUGGAAUUGAUGGGAUUGGUAACUACAACUUCGAAGCUGCAAGAUCUAAUCACAAAAAAACCAAUAGGGAACAGGAGGUGAAAAGAACCUCAAACUCAUUACUAAUAACUGAGCCUGCACAACUAGAUGAAGAGGAUGAAGUUAGUGAGGGUGAUCCCAAGUGCCUAGAUGUUGAUGAGUUUGGGCUGGCCGAUUCUCCGUCCAUGUCAAGUGAAGUACAGUCAUUCUCAAAGAGUAAUCCAAACGCUUUAAACUUCGAGAUAAAAGUCAAGCGCUCAGCUAGCUUGCCCAAGAAUCCUUGGGUUAGCCUCCCCGCUGAUGAUCUUGAGAAGUCCUAUGUGGUCACAAUUACUCCCAAAAAACCCGCAUUGGAGCCAGACGGUUUCAAACAUAUGGAAGGUGACACCUGCGAAGUCGCGCGGAAGAGUGAAGAGGGAGCGGUGAACAGCUUUAGUGGUACGACUUUCAGCCCAAAUAAACGGACUCUAGUAAAGACCACAUCAUUUGAAAAGGCAGCUGAAGAUGAGGAGAAAGUUUUGGUUGCUGGGCAAUGUGUUGUGCACUCCAAUGAAAGAUCUAAUCGUGCAGAGAACUGCAGAGAACAUCUGGAAGGGAAUGCAGAAGUUUCUUGCGAUAGCUCUGAAGUUUGUGGAUCUAGAAUGCUACUGGAAGGGAGUGACAGUGAAAGCAGAAAGCACACUGAGUUAGCAGAGGCAAAGCCAUAUGACUGGGAUAUGGAGGAGGAGGAGAAGCUUCAGAAUGAAGUGGAGCUGCUGCUGUUGAGAACGGCCAAAAUAUUGGAGGAGGAGGAAUCUGUGCUCAGACAGGAAGAUGAGCUGGAACAUCUCUUGCAGCUGGCUGAUGGGGAAAGCAGUGAUGAGAACCACUCCUCACCUGACAAGUACAAGGGGACCACCAGCAGUGGAAAGGUGAUGUCUCUGAGCGAGCUCUCAGAAGCUGGAGUGAUUGGACUGGAAGACGACCUGUGGACUGCAGCAGAACAGCCCGAGUUUCAUUGCCGUUGCCUGUGCCCACGUGCGAACUGUGACGUAGAGCACAGGCAAGAAGAAAGAGCCUUGAUGCAUUCUAGCUCUUGCCCUGCAAACCCCAAUGCCGCUCCAUCAGCCCGAGCUCCACGCCCGGCGCUUCAAGGUACUUCCAGGCUACUUCAAGAGUUGGAGGAACUGAACCAAAUUGAGGACAGAAUUCUGGAAGAGAACUUGAAAAUACAGGAGCUGUGUCGCUCUGAGGAAGAGCAGAGGGUUCAGAUUCCAAUAUCGCCCGUGUCAAAUGCAGGCCGAUCAAGCACCAACAAAGAGCGUGCACGGUUCUUGGUGGAGCUGGAGAGGGAAAGGAAAGAGGUUGAGAAGAUGGAGCAAAGUCUAGCAAGGGAAGAGAAAAUGAAAUCCAAACAUUUGAAGAAACAGCCACAAAUUUCUUCAAGGACGAAGUGUGAUAACCCGAAGAGACAUGCAACGAGAUCGUCAGCAUGUGAGGAGACUACUCAUUUAAAACCCAAUCCAGUGAUUGAAGGUAAAAGCUCUUUUCAGUCGGCAGGAAGGAAUUUAAAGUCUAUUGAUAAAGGCAAGCUAAAUGAUACCAACCCAAAAUCGAAUCAGGUCCUUGCUUACCACAAGCGAUCUCUGGUCAAACUCAAUAUUGUUCACAGCACAAAAAAAGCAAGCCGGACUGUUCAAUCCAAAAAUAGUUGCAUUCAGGACCAAGGUCUGACUAUGAAUAAUAUUGUUGAAAAUAAUUCAUCAUGUACAGUCGAUGAGCAAAUAGUUAUUCCCUCAUUGCGCAGUGAAACCUGUACACGAUCAGAUAAAAUGGAACAUCGGCUUAAUAGUGGAGUCUCAGCAGAUGCACGUGCGGAGAAUUGUCAGGAGCUUGAUGGCCGCGAAUGGUUUGCAUUGACAGAUGAGUGCAAGGGACUGGCCAGUGUUGAUGCUGAGACAGUCUGUUUUCAUCCAGUAGAGGGCGGUGUUGAGAAUAACAGUGCACCACUACUUGGAGUCGACAAAAAGGGAACUCUUGCACAGUCCACUCAAUUGAAUGAAAUCAUUAAAAGUAAUGUAAACUGUACAGCAGAGCGCAAAAACCGAAGAGACUCCACUCUGAAAAGCAAAGAGGAGCCCAAACCAGCACUACGGACUAGUGUUCCUGUCAAAGUAGAAAAGCUUCCAGCUCGUGCAACUCCUCAGAAGUGCCCUGGAGAUGCCAUUGUGGCAAAACGCGGUAACAAGGACCAACAAAGAGUCCCAGUACCCAAACCCAGAAAAAACAUUAAACAGUGCCAAACCAAAAGCCACCCAGAAGGGUCCAGUCCUUUCGGGAAACGUGCUGAGGUUUCUGCAUUUGUGGAAACCCGCUCUGCUUCAAAGGAGCCCAAACAGCAAGUGCCUCUGAUCGCUGGUGCUCGAUACAAAUCUAAUGCCAGUCUCCAAAUCAGGACCAAAAAUAAAUUGCAAGGCACCAAAAAGGGUACAAAUCCUACCAACCCCUCCGACAGCUCGGUAAACGUAGAGAUCGAGUUAGCAGAUUGCAAGGAAGAUAAUUCCGUGGCUGGAGCAAGUUCUUUACUUGAUUCGUCUGAGAACAGCAAAGCUUGUUCUGGGGGAACAGACUCCAAAUUGGUGCUAAAUGGAGAUGUGUGUGAUGAAGGUAAAUGUGAUGAACAACAUAUUAUUUUAUGUAAUGAAGUAAAUCGGGAAGCCAGUGCAGUUUGCAGUAGCAGCUUAGAAACAGGAGAGAGUUGCACACCUGAAAUACUGCAUUGGAAUGAAUUCAACAAUACUGACACUCAGAAAGGUUCUGUACGUGUGGCCGAAGAUGAUUCAAGCCAUUUGCACGAUUUUCCACAUCAAGACAUGCAUCGUAUAUUUGAAGAUUGCCAUGCGAGAGUGUCUGUGACAUUGAAUCCAGCUGUGGAUGCACACACCUUUCAAGCAUCUGUGAUCAAGCAGGUCUGUGAAUAUAAAACGCCAAUCGUAUUGGACACUGGUUCAGGCCUGAUGAAAGCUGGGUUUGCCGAUCAGGAACUACCAACAACCAUAUUCCCCACGUUAGUCGGACGACCCAAAUACGAGAAUGUUUACAUUGGGAGGAAUCAGCAGGAUGUUUACAUUGGCCAUUCUGCUCAGCACAUGCGAGGAGUUCUCUCCCUGCAUUACCCAUUGGAGCAUGGAAUUGUAACCAACUGGGACGAAAUAGAACAGAUCUGGCAUCACACGUUUUAUCAGCAACUGCAUGUUGACCCAAAAGAACACCCAAUCCUCAUGACCGAGGCAGCCCUGAACCCGCACAGGAACCGGGAACGAAUGGUUGAAAUCAUGUUUGAAGCCUUUAACGUGCCUUUUUCCUAUGUUGCAAUGCAAGCCGUUUUAGCACUUUAUUCCAGCGGACGAACUACAGGUAUAAUCCUGGACUCUGGAGAUGGGGUGACACACACUGUGCCGGUGUAUGAUGGUUACAGCCUCCCCCACGCCAUCCAACGCUUAAAUCUGGCUGGACGUGAUCUCACGGAGCAUCUGAAAAAGCUAUUGAAGGAAAGAGGCUAUUCGUUUAACAGCACGGCAGAGUGGGAAAUUGUCCGAGAUAUUAAGGAGAAGCACUGUUAUGUUGCUGGAGAUUAUGAAGCUGAGCUGGGCAGCCCAGAACAUGUCAGAGUGCUGCAUUAUACCCUGCCAGAUGGAAAUAUAAUUACAUUGGGAGAUGAGAUGUUCAGGGCUCCAGAAGUCUUGUUCAAACCUGAGGUAAUUGGAAGGGAUCACUAUGGAAUUCACGAGAGUCUUCUCCGCUCCAUUAUACUCUGUGAUGUGGACUUGCGGAAAACAUUUUUUGCAAACAUUAUUCUUUCAGGUGGAAACACGAUGCUGACCGGAUUACCAGCAAGAAUACAAAAAGAAAUCUCUUCCAUGGUUCCUCUGGACCAAUCGGGACAUGUGCAUGUUACAAGCCCAGCAAAUCGGGACUUCACAGUGUGGAAUGGAGGUGCUGCCUUGGCGAGUUCAUCUGCCCUGGACUGUGCCUGGAUCAGCCAAGAAGAAUAUCAUGAAUUUGGUUCCAAAAUUGUUCAUAGGAAGUGUUUUUAAUUUAGAAAAACUGGACUAUGUUAAGGUUUUCAUUGAUUGAUCUUCAAUGCAAUAAUUAUUUAAGCAGUGUUAAUUUAUAGCAAUAUUCCAAAAUAAGCUACAUAUAAUUUAUAGCAGUUUACAAAAUGUUCCCAUGUUGAGCUUGUUAAGAGAGAAAGAGAGGUAUUAUCAGAGAUGUUUCAGUGCUUGCAAUUUGAUGUUUGUUUUGGCAAAGUGUGUUCCCAUUCAUUUUGGGGAGAUCCGAAGAAAAAUGACUUGUGCUGCUUCCUGCCAUGCUGAACAUUUGAACUGUAUCUCGAAUGCCAUAAAGUGGAAGGGUAAGAGUCGUUGGCCCAUGCGACAUUAAUUUUGGACUUUAGUAGAGUGUCGUUAUUGAACCGAACAUCUAUCAACUAGAUUGGGAAAGGAUUGAACGGCAAGGAAGCAGGGAAAAUUAAAUGAGUUACUCUAACUUGGGAUGCCAUUUUUUUAUUUUUUUUUUUCAAAAAUGAGUCCUUGACAGGUUUGACAUCAUUUGGCCUCCAGUACGGAUAGAGAUUUUGGGGCCUAUUCAAACCUUUCAGUUCUUGAAAGGUUUGACAAUGACCUCAUUUGGUUUCUUGUGAGGAUAAACUAAAGAUUUGGGGGCUAUUCAAAAGCAAGUCUUUAGUUUAGAAUAAAACUUUUUGCCAAAUUAUUAUUUUAAACAAUAACAAGAAAAGGUCUUGAGUAAUCUCUACCUACAUCCCAAGAAAUGUUUACUCCAUAAAACAUUAAGGGAAUAAUUUUGCUUAUAUGAAUGUACAAAGAAUCCCGUAUCCAUUAAAAUUUGCUCCAGACUC